AUGCGAGGGAUUGACCCAGCUCUGUACAGGGAGGGAGGUGACGGUGUCCUCAGCGGAAAUCGUGUGACGGUGACGCUGCAAGCGGCUCUCGUGGCUCCUGCGGCGGGUAUCGUCCCUUAUUCCCAGAGACCCACACUCAUCCACCACCCGACACCCAGCACCCGACACCCAGCACCCGACACCCAGCACCCAACACCCAGCACCCGACACCCAGCACCCCGAACACCCAGCACCCCGAACACCCAGCACCCGACACCCAGCACCCGACACCCAGCACCCCGAACACCCAGCACCCCGAACACCCAGCACCCCGAACACCCAGCACCCGACACCCAGCACCCCGAACACCCAGCACCCGACACCCAGCACCCCGAACACCCAGCACCCCGAACACCCAGCACCCGACACCCAGCACCCGACACUAAGCACCAGACACCCAGCACCCGACACCCAGCACCCCGAACACCCAGCACCCCGAACACCCAGCACCCCGAACACCCAGCACCCGACACCCAGCACCCGACACCCAGCACCCCGAACACCCAGCACCCCGAACACCCAGCACCCGACACGCAGCACCCCGAACACCCAGCACCUGACCCAGCACCUGAACACACAGCACCCCGAACACCCAGCACCCCGAACACCCAGCACCCGACACCCAGCACCCUGAACACCCAGCACCCCGAACACCCAGCACCCCGAACACCCAGCACCCGACACCCAGCACCCCGAACACCCAGCACCCGACACCCAGCACCCCGAACACCCAGCACCCCGAACACCCAGCACCCCGAACACCCAGCACCCCGAACACCCAGCACCCCGAACACCCAGCACCCCGAACACCCACACCCAGCACCCCAGCACCUGAACACCCAGCACCUGAACACCCAGCACCUUUUGAACACCCAGCACCCAGACACCCAGCACCCUGAACACCCAGCACCCCGAACACCCAGCACCCCAGACACCCAGCACCCUGAACACCCAGCACCCAGACACCCAGCACCCGACACCCAGCACCCCGAACUCCCAGCACCCCGAACACCCAGCACCCCGAACACCCAGCACCCCGAACACCCAGCACCCCGAACACCCAGCACCCCGAACACCCAGCACCUGACACCCAGCACCCCGAACACCCAGCACCUGACACCCAGCACCCCGAACACCCAGCACCUGACACCCAGCACCCCGAACACCCAGCACCUGACACCCAGCACCCCGAACACCCAGCACCCCGAACACCCAGCACCUGACACCCAGCACCCCAGACACCCAGCACCUGACACCCAGCACCCCAGACACCCAGCACCCUGA